UCUUCUCAGACCCACCUGUGUGCAAGGUCAGAGCCUUUGAGGACACCCUGGGUGCUGAUCUUGUGUUCCUGCUGAAUCGCUGACCAGCUUGGUCCACACUGUGUGCAUAGGAAAGUGUUCUGGAACCUCCUGGAAAAAAAAGAGGGGAGAAAGUACAAGUUCCAGGGUGUUCCGGAGCAGUUGGCACAAGUUGAGGCAAUUGGGGAAAGGUGCUGCCUGUUUUCGUGGUGUGGGCGAUGGGCAGCCUGGGACCUGUGCUCUGUGUCGCAGCCUUCGCCAUGGAGCAGCUGAGCACAGCAAACACCCGCUUCGCCUUGGACCUGUUCCGCGCCUUGAAUGAAAACAAUCCGACUGGAAACGUCUUCAUCUCCCCCUUCAGCAUUUCGUCCGCAAUGGCCAUGAUCCUUCUGGGGACCAGAGGCAACACUGCAGCACAACUGUCCAAGACUUUUCAUUUCGAUUCGGUUGAGGAGAUUCAUUCAAGAUUUCAGAGUCUGCAUGCUGAUAUCAACAAACAUGGAGCGUCCUAUAUUCUGAAACUUGCUAAUAGAUUGUAUGGAGAGAAAACGUAUAAUUUCCUCCCUGAGUUCUUGGCUUCGACUCAGAAAACGUACGGUGCGGAGCUGGCCAGCGUGGACUUUCAGCACGCCUCUGAAGACGCCAGGAAAGCCAUUAACCAGUGGGUCAAAGGGCAGACGGAAGGGAAAAUUCCGGAACUGUUGGCUGCAGGUGUGGUGGAUAACAUGACUAAACUUGUGCUGGUGAAUGCCGUCUAUUUCAAGGGAAACUGGCAGGAGAAAUUCACGAAAGAGGCCACGGAAGAUACACCGUUCAGACUGAAUAAGAAAGACACAAAAACAGUGAAAAUGAUGUAUCAGAAGAAAAAAUUUCCAUACGGCUACAUCGAGGACCUUCGGUGCCGAGUGCUGGAGCUGCCCUACCAGGGCAAGGAGCUCAGCAUGCUCGUCCUGCUGCCCGACGACAUCGAGGACGAGUCCACGGGUCUGAAGAAGAUUGAGGAACAACUGACUUUCGAAAAAUUACAUGAGUGGACCAAACCUGGGAAUCUGGGUACCAUUGAAGUCAAUGUUGGCUUGCCCAGGUUCAAACUGGAAGACAGCUACAUCCUCAACUCUGACCUCACCCGCCUGGGUGUGCAGGACCUCUUUAAUAGUAGCAAGGCUGAUCUCUCUGGCAUAUCAGGAGCCAGAGAUAUUUUUAUAUCAAAAAUUGUCCACAAGUCCUUUGUGGAAGUCAAUGAAGAGGGUACAGAGGCGGCGGCUGCCACUGCAGGCAUCGCUGUCCUCGCCAUGUUGUUGCCAGAGGAGGAUUUCAUUGCUGACCACCCGUUCCUCUUCUUUAUUCGGCACAAUCCCUCAAGCAGCAUCUUGUUCAUGGGCAGGUUUUCUUCCCCGUAGAAGAAAGAGAUGGUGGCAAUCCAAAGUCAAGCUUAGAGCUUUAUUACCUGAGUUUUCAGAGGUGACAAUUUUCAUAUAUCUUUACCAAUAAAACUGCUAUCCAUAAACAAACCUUU